AUGAUCAUCCCGAUCCGUUGCUUCUCCUGCGGCAAAGUCAUUGCCGACCUCUAUGAGCGAUAUGUCCAACUCAUCAGUACACCACAGGACGACGGCGAGGUCAUGUCAGAUGGCGACGCAAUGGACACACUAGGCUUGAACCGCUACUGUUGCCGUCGUAUGGUCCUGACGCACGUCGACCUGAUCGAGAAGCUGUUACGAUACAACCCGGCUGAGAGGGACAUCAUCAAGGUUGCGAACAGGUAG